CAUCACCUUUUCUGAGUCUUUUGCUUUAGCGUGUGCUAUCAGCCGCAGUAAAGAGCACCACAACUAUAUAAUAAAAACCCUUUAAUACUUCUUUGUCUGUACGGCAGUCAACUGUUAACUAUUCCUAUCUUGAAUAUUCGUUCGCGAUGAUGAGUUUGGAGCCUAAUCCCAAAACAACGCCUACAUCACACUGUGUUUUUCUCACUGGUGUAACCGGAUUCGUCGGCGGCACUAUCCUCUCUUGUCUCUUAAAGGCACAUCCUAGUGUUCGCGUCAAAGCUUUGAUCCGUGAGGAAAGGGAUGCUAAAGAACUCCAAUCGGUCUAUUCAAAUCUCAUCCCCAUCAUCGGCGAACUUUCCUCGCUUUCUCUCCUCAUAUCUACGGCAGCGGAUUCCGACUUCGUCAUCCACGCUGGAGGUGACAAUGUCCCCGCCGUUUGCGCGAUGAUAGAUGGGUUGGCAUCCCGUAACACCACUGGAUCGCCCAUGCCACGGCUCAUCAGCCUAACCGGCCCGCGUAGUCUUAUCGACCUCUCGAAUCCCAUCACUGGGAAUCUUAGGGCGAGCAGCCGUCCCUGGAGCGAUAUCACGGACGCACAUACAAUACUGAACGUUCCUAAGGAUCGGAUGCACGCUGGUGCUGAUCAAGCCAUCGUCGCUCACAGUACUGCUAAAGGGGUGGGCACAAUGCUGGUCUCGCCUGGGCAAUUGUUGGGCCGGGGCAAGGGUCAUCUGAAGAAGGAGAGCAAUGCGGCGUUUUAUUAUGCAACGGUUAAGAGCCGUGGACGGGCCUUUGUAAUCGGCGAGGGUACCGCAACAUGGUCUUGGUCUUCCAUUGGUGAUUUGGGAGAUGCGGUCGUGUUCCUGAUGGAACAGUCACUGAAGAGUGGGAGCGAGAGACGCGGACAGGUAGGAGUAAAUCAAGACGGCUACUACUUUGUGCGUACCGGAGACGUGAGUAUGAUGGAAAGGGCCAAAGCUGUCAGUGAGCGAUUAGGUCUUGGAGAAGUAGAAAGUGUGUCGGUUGAUGCCGCAAGAGAAAUCCAUCCGUUUGGCCCCAUCAUGUGGGGUUGUGGUGAAAGAACGAGAUCUGAAAAGCUGCUCGAGCUGGGUUGGAGGCCGAAAGAGACCGAUUGGAAGGCUUUGAUGGAAGAGGGAGAGGGAGAGAGGGCAUAAGGGUAGUAUAAGACAGGAAUACUAGUAACUACCUCUAAUUUACUACCUAAUUAGGGAGUAAGGGGCUUGUGUUAUAUAGUAUUUCUUGUCUCGGCAAGGUCCAUAUGGUAAUAAACUAAAAGUGCGCGUAAAAUCUAAAGGUUAUUCUAUACGCUAUGUUAAGCCC